CAAAUGAAUGAAUAGUCUCAUAAACUAUAAGCAUUCGUCAACCAAACUUUACGCAACAGAAAUUCACCGAUUACGAGCAAUAUAAAUGGCUGUUUUUGUCAUUGUUCUUAUAUGUUUAACUGUUUUUCACGGAGUUAAAUGUCGUCCUGACGGUGCACCUAGUUCACAAUGCGUGAGUAUGAUGCCAAACCACCGUGCUGUCUCUCAAACAGUAGCUAGUCCAUAUCAAGUCAAGGUUGAUAAAGCCUAUUACAUGUAUGGCAAGAAAGUUCAUGUAUCAAUCGAAAGCUCAAAUGUCAGUAUCAAAGGUUUUCUUAUUCAAGCAAGGCCAGUCGGUCAAAACAGUGCAAUCGGUAUGUUUUCAAGACUACCAGGAAAUACAAAGUUCGUAAGUUGUGGCAACAACAAGGGUGCUGUCACCCACUCCACUCGCCUUAAUUUAAGGACGUUGACAUUUGAAUGGGAGCCACCAAAAGGAAUAUCAGAUAAUAUAUCUUUCUACGCCACCGUCGUGAAGGAUUUUUCCACAUUCUGGGUGCAACUUCAGUCGCCUGUAAUCACUAACAAGAACGGUAACGGAACUGCUCUAAUGUUGUUAGUAUGCCAUUUAUAUUCUUUAUGGGACUGGCUCUUGCCUUCUUUCAAAUGUGAUUGGAAACUUCUCGAUGGUGUUCUAUCAAACAAUGAAAAUUUUAUACUGGAUUGUGUUUAUUUCUUGCAUCUUAUGCCAAAUAAAAAACAUUGCCCCAUGACAUGCAUGUUUUAUCCUUACGUGUUAUCAUUCAGGUGAAUGAAACUAUGCGGAUAUUUACUCACAUGCAAGCGUGGAAUAUUUCAAUGAAUAACACUUUUAGUUAUUUGAGAUCAUCGUUACGCAUGUUUCCGCAAAAAGAGUCUGUAUUUUCAAUGUUAAGGUUGAUUGUCGAAUUCCAAAAUAAUCGGGUAGCUCGCUAGAAAAAUUUAG